AUGAACCCUGUACAAUCAAACAAAGAGUCCUUACCUCUGUCGGGCGCCCGCCGGCCGGGCCACGCGUACCUCCUGCACCGUAUCACCUACUGCGCUGCCGACCGCCGGCACCCCAAGGUCUUCGCCUGGGUUUACCGGCACCAGGUGAAAAACAAGGCGGUGGUGCUGCGCUUGCCACGCCGCCUGGUGUCCAAAGCCGACAAGGCGCGCGCCAUGGCCCUGCUCCUCUACCAGACCUCCGCCUCCGCCUUCAACGAGUUCAAACGCCUCAAAAGGCAGAACGAUUUCCGUCACGUCCAGCAGCAGCUCCUGGGCGACGCCAUCGUCCCUUUGGUGCCCCUCCGCACUGCCUGCGUGGUGCGGUCCGUUAAGGAGACCCUGAGCAGCCAGUUUGUGGAGAACUGCAAGGGCGUCGUUCAGCGGCUGACGCUGCAGGAGCACAAGAUGGUGUGGAACCGAACAACCCACCUCUGGAAUGACUACGAGAAGAUCAUCCACCAGAGAACCAAUACCACCCCCUUCGACCUGGUCCCUCAGGAGGAUGGUGCCGGCGUCACUGUCAGGGUGAUGAAGCCGCUGGAUGCCGCCGAGCUCAGCCUGGAGACAGUGUACGAGAAAUUUCACCCCUCUGUCCAGUCCUUCACCGACGUCAUCGGCCACUACAUCAGCGGCGAGCGCCCGAAGGGCAUUCAGGAGACGGAGCAGAUGCUGAAGGUGGGCACAGCGCUGACGGGGGUGGGAGAGCUGGUCCUGGAUAACGCCACGAUCAAGCUGCAGCCCCCGAAGCAGGGCAUGCCCUACUACCUGAGCGCCGUGGAUUUCGACUCCUUGCUGCAGAAACAAGAAUCGAACGUCCGGUUCUGGAAAAUCCUAACCGUCAUUUUCGGUUUUGCCACCUGCGCCGUCCUCUUCUUCAUCCUACGGAAGCAAUACCGGCAUCACCAAGAGAGACGGCACCUCAAGCAAAUGCAGGAUGAAUUCCGGCAGGCCCAGGAGCGCCUGAUGCGCGAAAUGAAUGCGGAGGGCGGAGAGACGCUCAAAAACGCUUGCGUCAUCUGUUUAAGCAACACCAAAUCCUGCGUCUUCCUGGAGUGCGGGCAUGUUUGCUCUUGCACCGAGUGCUACCAGGCUCUCCCUGAGCCCAAAAGGUGCCCGAUCUGCCGACAAGCCAUCUCCAGGGUGGUGCCCUUAUACAACAGUUAA